AUGUCAUUUUAUCGAGACGAGAUUGAUGGACUACGAGCAGUUGCUGUUAUUCCAGUUAUUUUAUAUCAUGCUGGUUGCACUUCGUAUUUCGCUGGAGGUUAUAUUGGUGUUGAUAUAUUCUUUGUUAUUAGUGGUUAUCUAAUUACAUCUGUCAUUGAAAAUGAACGUGAACAAGAAAUAUUUUCACUUGUUCACUUUUAUGAACGACGAUGUCGUCGCAUUCUUCCAGCACUUUAUUUCAUUUUAUUUGUCAGUAGUAUUUUUGCUUAUUAUUGGAUGUUACCUGAUCAAUUGAAAGAAUUUGGACAAACUUUAAUUUCUAUUGUUGCUCUUUCUUCAAAUAUAUUUUUUUGGUGGAAAGACGAUGGUUAUUUUACACAAUUAACUGAAUUAAAUCCUUGUGUUCAUACGUGGAGUUUAGCUGUUGAAGAACAAUUUUAUUUUAUAUUUCCAUUAAUAUGUUAUUUUUCUGGAAAGAAAAAUCGUUGUCUUAUCAUUCUACUGAUAUUUUUAGCUUUGAUUAGUUUUUUUCUUGCUCAAUGGGGUGGAAAUUUUCAAUCGACUUCCAAUCAUCAAUUUCAUAUGUUUUCUCAACAUUCAUGGGCAUCAUUUUACUUACCUAUAGGACGAGCAUGGGAGUUAUUACUCGGUUCUUUUGCUGCAUUCUACUUACGACUUAAUAGAUCAGUCAGUGUAGCUUCAUCCAAUAAAUAUAAUGAAUUCUUUGCCUUCAUCGGACUUGUACUAAUUAUAAUAUCAAUUGUCUUCUUUGAUAAUAAAAAUGUGCCUCCAUUUCCAAACUGUUAUACUCUUAUACCUACAUUGGGUGCAACAUUGAUUAUUUUAUUUGGACAGAAUAAUACACUAGUUGGACGAUUACUUUCUAUACGUCCAUUACGUUGGAUAGGUCUUAUCUCUUAUAGUGCCUAUCUUUGGCAUCAACCUUUACUUGCUUUUAUUCGUCUACGUUCCAAUACUACACCUGGCAUAUUAUCUAUGUUGAUGAUAGUCUGUAUUGUUUUUCCACUUAGUAGUUUUAGUUAUGUUUUUAUUGAACAACCAUUUCGUAAUAAAAAACGUUUUUCUCGAAAACAAAUACUUUCUGUUUCAUGUAUAACUGCUGUGAUAACAUUCAUUCUUGCAUUCUUUCUUAUUCAAACUGCAACUUAUCAAACAUUAUUAUUGAACAAAGCAGAUGAUUCUUAUCUAUCUGAUUUAGCAAAAUACGGUCAUGGGGGAUAUGUUGAACGAGCAUUUAAUGUUUUAAGACAAAAUAAAAAUACAUUUUCAAUUCGAACAUCAACAAUAAACAAAAGAUUGAUACUAAUUGGUGAUAGUUUUGCACAAGAUUUUUAUAAUAUAAUUAUUGAAGGAAAACAUUUGACUAACUAUGAAAUGCGUGUAUUUUUUAUUCAUGGACGAUGUCAAAUGUAUAUCGGUCCAGAAGAUCGAAAACAAUUUAUUAAUGCAAUAGAUCAUCAAAUAUGUACAAAUCGUAACGAUAUUAAAUAUGCUUUACCAGUUAUUCGUCAAGCUGAUGUUAUUAUUUUAUCUGGUAAAUGGUUUGAAUGGAGUGCUAAACGAUUACCAAUGACAUUAAAAUUGUUAAAUUUAACAAAAAAACAACAAAUAUUUGUUAUUGGACGAAAACAUUUUGGUAAUGUUAAUCCAAAAUUAUAUGUUAAUAAAUCAACUAAAUAUCGACUUAAACAAUAUCAAUAUCCAAGUAUAGAUGUGAUCAAAGUUAAUAGUUUAUUAGAAAAAACCAUAGAUAAAUCAAUAUUUGUCAAUAUACUAAAAAUGAUCUGUACUGGAUAUAAUCGAACAUGUCCUCUUUUUACUCGUGAUGGAAAACUAAUAUCAUAUGAUGGAAGACAUUUGACUAAAUAUGGUGCUAUUUAUGUUGGUAAUAUUAUUUUUAAAAAUAAACCAUUAAAUAAAUUAUAA